UGUGCCUGGGAGUAUAUCAUGGAAGAUUGUUGCCGAGUGAGAAUAUCAUGGCGAUCUGUUGCCGGGAGAAUAUCAUGGGCAGAUCUGUUGCCGGGAGAAUAUCAUGGCAGAAUCUGUUGCCGGGAGAAUAUCAUGGAGAUCUGUUGCCGGGGAGAAUAUCUGGGCAGAUCUGUGCCGGGGACCGCACUAGUGUACAAUGUAUUUAUGACCUGCUUCAUGGUCUUCAGGGGGCGGACAUUCCUCCAAGAAUAUCUGGCUGUCUGAGAGUGUGCAGGAUCAUCCUGAUGGUGCAGAGGGAGUGGGUGAUGAAGAGCAGCCUCCUGAUCGCCAUGUCGGUGUACACCUACCUGCGACUGAUCGUGGACCACCACGGGGACCCCGCAGCUGCUGACUCUGCGACAGAAGGAGUGGACUUCUGCAUCAUGCUGCUGCGAGAGCGGUUCAUGCGUCUCGGGUAGGUACUUCCUGUUCAUGGCGUCUCGGGCAGGUACUUCCUGUCUCGGGUAUACUUCCUGUUCAUGCGUCUCGGGUAGGUACUUCCUGUUCAUGACGUCUCGGGCAGGUACUUCCUGUUCAUACUUCCUGUUCAUGGCGUCUCGGGUAGGUACUUCCUGUUCAUGACGUCUCGGGCAGGUACUUCCUGUUCAUACUUUCCUGUUCAUGACGUCUCGGGUGCGGUUUGGGCAGCAGAAGCGAUAUCAGGACUGGUUUCAGAGGCAGUACCUCUCCACCCCGGACAGCCAAUCCCUGCGCUGUGAUCUGAUUCGCUACAUAUGCGGCGUGGUGCACCCGUCUAACGAGGUGCUGAGCUCGGAUAUCCUGCCUCGCUGGGCCAUCAUUGGCUGGCUCCUGACCACCUGCACGUCCAACGUGGCCGCCUCCAACGCCAAGCUGGCUCUGUUUUACGAUUGGCUCUUCUUCAGCCCAGAGAAGGACAGCAUCAUGAAUAUCGAGCCGGCGAUCCUGGUGAUGCACCAUUCCAUGAAGCCGCAUCCAGCCAUCACUGCCACCUUGCUGGACUUCAUGUGUCGGAUCAUCCCCAAUUUUUACCCCCCUCUGGAAGGGAAUGUCAGACAAGGUGUGUACAGCUCCCUUACCCACAUCAUGGAGAAGAGGGUCCUGGCGCACCUGGCUCCAUUGUUCCACAACCCAAAGCUGGAUAAAGAGCUGCGAUCAAUGCUGAGAGAGAAGUUCCCGGAGUUCUGCAACCUGCCAUCUCCAGCCUCAGAAAUAAAAGUAGAAGAACCAGCGUCGAUGGAGAUGGACAACAGCCUAGCUGACAAAGAGGAGAGCUGCUACGACAACGCAGAGGCAGCGUUCAGUGAUGAUGACGAAGAACUGAACAACAAAACCACUGACAACGGAAAGAAACGAGACUUCAGGUUCCACCCCAUCAAAGAGACGAUCGUUGAGGAGCCGGUAGACAUCACGCCGUAUCUGGAACAGCUGGAAGAGCCACUGAGAGACAAGGUUGUUUCUUUGCAGAAGGAAAGUGACAUGGAGUCGCAGUGCGAGAUGAUGCAAGAUAUAGUGGAGCAGAUCCUAGAGGAUGACUUCGACUCGGAGCAGUUGUCCGUUUUGGCUUCCUGUCUCCAUGAGUUGUUCAAGCACCAUUUCCGGGGAGAGGUCCUACCAGAGGAGAUCACAGAUGAGUCUCUGGAAGAGUCUGUUGGAAAACCCCUCUACCUGAUAUUUAGAAACCUGAUCCAGAUGCAAGAAGAUAGCAAUGGCUUCUCCCUCCUCCUAGACUUACUGUCUGAACUUUAUCAGAAACAGCCCAAGAUUGGCUAUCAUCUUCUGUACUACCUAAAGGCCAGCAAAGCCGCGGCCGGGAAGAUGAACUUGUACGAGUCGUUCGCUCAGGCCACGCAACUCGGUGACCUGCACACCUGCCUGAUGAUGGACAUGAAAGCCUGCCAGGAGGAUGAUGUGCGUCUGCUGUGUUACCUGACCCCCUCCAUAUACAGCGAGUUUCCAGACGAAACGCUGCGGAGCGGGGAACUCCUGAACAUGAUUGUGGCCGUCAUUGACUCCGCCCAGCUGCAGGAACUGGUGUGUCACGUCAUGAUGGGGAACCUGGUGAUGUUCCGGAAGGACUCCGUGCUCAAUAUUCUAAUUCAAAGUUUGGAUUGGGAGACCUUCGAGCAGUACUGUACGUGGCAGCUCUUCCUGGCUCACAACGUCCCAUUGGAGACCAUCAUCCCCAUCCUGCAGCAUCUCAAGUACAAAGAACACCCUGAAGCUCUGUCCUGCCUCCUCCUGCAGCUCCGCAGGGAAAAGCCGACCGAGGAGAUGGUGAAGAUGGUGCUCAGCCGCCCGUGCCACCCCGACGACCAGUUCACCACCAGCAUCCUGCGCCACUGGUGCUUGAAACACGACGACCCCUUGGUGGAACACAUCAAGUCUUUACUCAUCAAGAACAACAGCCUGCCCCGCAAACGGCAGAGCCUGCGGAGUUCCAGCAGCAAGUUGGCGCAGUUGACGUUGGAGCAGAUCCUGGAACAUCUGGAUAACCUGAGACUCAACUUGUCCAAUACCAAACAGAACUUUUUCAGCCAGACGCCGAUCCUGCAGGCUCCUCCAGCACGUCCAGGCCAGCUGUGAUGAGGCACAUAAGAUGAAGUUCAGCGAUCUUUUCUCGCUGGCGGAGGAGUACGAAGAUUCGACAAAGGCGCCAAAGAGCCGGCGGAAAGGGCCCAUGACCAGCCCACGCAGCAGGAAGACCACGGCGCAGCCAACCAACACGGAGGAGGAGUCUGCGUCCAGCAGCGCCUCGGAAGAGGAAGACGCGAAGCCAAAGCCCAGCAAGCGGAAGAGGAAGGGCUCCGCGGCGGUGGGAUCGGACAGCGACUGA